AAAAGUAAAAUUUCAUUGAAAUAGUUAUGGAUUACCUUUUCCCUUUUUCAGUUUUUAACCUUUCUCCAAAAAAGUGGGGUUCUUCUGGAACCUCAAGCAUUGCAUUGGUUGCCCUUCUGGGUGGAGUCUCUUAUCUGCUUUUUCAAGGGAUUGAUAUCAGGCCUAACCUUGCUCCCAUACUGCGCCUAGCCUUUUUGGACUCUAUCUUCCUUGGGGAUACAUGUUUAGCUUUAAUCUCAAGUUACUGGCCUCUGUAUAGGCACCGGAUUCUAGUUCAUGAAGCAGGCCACCCCCUUGUUGCUUAUGGAUUGCCCAAUUCAUGGAGUGAUUUUAGAUCCAAUUGCUGCAAUGCAGAUGGGCAUCCAAGGGCAGGUAGUCAUUAUGAAUUCUUUUUAAUUACAUUUUUCUCUAAGUAUUUUUGUAAAGUAAAUCAAACUGCAUGCUGUAUGCUGUUUGAUUCUUAAGCAAUAUAAUCUCUUGUUGACACCUUUAGUUUAUGGAAGUUGUAAAGGGCCAAACUCAGCAUUUUUCUACUGGCUGGAACUCAGUUUUGGGAUGAGAAAAUGAGUAAUGAGCUGGCUGAACGACGAUUGAGUGGCUCUACCUUUGACAGGUACUGCAUGGUGCUUUUUGCUGGUAUUGCUGCUGAAGCUCUGGUUUAUGGUGAGGCUGAGGGUGGAGAGAAUGAUGAAAACAUGUUUCGCAGCAUCUGUGUCCUUCUGCAACUGCCGUUGUCUGUAGCUCAGUAAAUCUGCAACUAUCUAUUUUCAUGCCAUUACGCCAUUAAUAGGUACUAAUUAUUCUCACCUAGAGAGGGAAAAGGUACUAAUUACUGGUUUUCAUUACCUUGAGAAGAUUUCAAAUCAAGCUAGGUGGUCUGUUCUACAGUCUUUCAACGUGCUUAAAUGGCACAGGCAUGCUCAUUGAGCUGCUGUCAGAGCUUUGGAAAGUGGUGGUAGUAGUAUUGUAAUUAGGAGGAUUGAGCAAGCCAUGUCUUCUGGCAGAUGAUGUGCAGGAGUACAUAAACAUGCUGGUUUCUAUGGUCCAAUGGAGUUCGAGAGUUAGAUGUUCUAUGUGCACCUAUAGGAAGGCUUAGAUAACCAUCUGUCUGUUCUUGUAUGGCUGGGCAUGGUGAACUGAGGCAUGGAAGCUCUGAAGCGUUACUCUGAUUAUUGUUCUCUGCUCUUUCCCGUACUAAACACUAAUUGCAUGUGUCAUCAAUUAUGAGAAAGAUUUUCCUCAAAUGAUAGGUUUCUUAGAAGAAGAAUGAAUGACUCAAACUUUUUGAAGUUCCCAAGGUAAGUCCUAACAGGCCACAGUGGGCGGAGGGCACAUCGAGGAAGUAACAAAUUUUGGUAUCCAGCUGACCAUUUUUGACAUGUAGUCUAAAGAGAUGGUUCCUCUUGGUAUCUUUGCUGCAUUUAGACCACAAAUGUGAGUGAAGUUUCUCGUGUUCUCAACUUUUUGUAAACAUUUUAGGAUCAGAGUGCUAUUUUUUCCAACGCUGUUUUGGUUGGAUGAAUGUUAGGUUUUGAGCCAUGGCCCCUUGAUUGAACCCCUAACUAAUUUGAUUCUGGUUUAAGCUUUUGUCCCAAUCAAGCUGCCUCCAUAUUCUCUUAGAACAAAAGACCACAACGUUUUGCACAUGCACUUUAUUUGUGAAAGUUGUCAUUUUUUGACUAAAUUUGUAUAUGUUGUCAUUAUUUUCCAAUGAAUGACAUUUGGUGGG